AGGCGUUGCAGCGCAAUGCAGCCGCCCCUCGAGAUUUUUCUCGCCUGAUUCCGGAACCUGUCGUGGUAGUCGUGCAAGUGAACGAGCAACCCGCUCGAGCCCUAAUCGACUCCGGGUCGCUGUCAGAUUUCAUGUCUGCAAGGUUGGCUCAUCAAUUAGGCAUCAAUGUCUUUGAGCUGACGAAGCCUUUACCUGUACAGUUGGCUGUCCAAGGGUCUCGCGCAAAGAUCAACUUUGGUUGCAGGGCGCGACUCGAGUACCAGCGUAUUCGAACCGAGAGGUACUUCGAUGUGAUAAACCUGUUAAAUUACGAUCUAAUACUCGGAACUCCGUUCAUUUUCCAGCACAAAGUUACGCUGGGGCUCAAUCCUACCACACUAGUAGUUGGCAGCCCACAGGCUUUGCCGAUCGAGGGCCGCCAGGUGCGGACGCUACAGUCACACGCGGCGGACGUGCUGGACGACGUGCUCGAGGCGGCCCGAAAAGAUUUGUGUGAGUAUGCGGCUCCCAUAUGCAAGGAAGCUAGUGACUCACCGCUACCUCCUUUGCGGACCAUCAAUCAUCGUAUCCCCCUCAUAGACCCGGAUAAGGUCUAUACCUGGCGGCCGUCUAAGUGUCCGGACGCUCACAGAGAGAAUUGGAGGGAGAAGCGAGAUGCUUACCUCAAAUCGGGGCGAUGGAAGUACACUAGUGCCCGUAACACGUCUCCAAUGCUACUCCUUACCAAGCCUGGUACGGGA